CGAAUCACACAGCGGAAGAUAGAAAUAUUUUCGUUCUUAUCCUUGCUUAGCGUAGUCAGUGGUAAAUAGGAACAUAAAUUGAUUUCAGUCCGGCAAUCCUCUAGUCAGAACACAUCUUGUACGCUACCAGAACGGUAUAGUUGGUCUCAGAGGUAGCGGCCACUCUUCGGCCAGUGAAAUAUACAAUACAAGUUCUCGCAAGUUAACUAAUCGCUAAUCAGAUAACCCAACCGAACCGCCAAUGUACGGAAUAAACGGAACCAUCCGAAAAGUACAGUUCUUCCCAUCGUACCUGAUCUCGGGGUUACUGCUACUGUUGGUAGUGCAACGCAGCUCACAGCAGGGUGAUUUCAAUGAUUACAUGAAACGUGAGCAUUCUCUGUUCAAACCAUAUCAAGGUUCGGGCAUGACCAUACCGUAUUGGGAUUUCAUAGGCACUACCUUUGUGACGAACUCGUACGUGCGCCUCACCCCGGAUCUGCAGUCGAAAAACGGUGCCAUUUGGAAUCAUGUGCCCUGCACUUCCAUAAACUGGGAGCUGCAUGUUAACUUCAAGGUGCACGGCAAGGGAAAAGAUCUGUACGGCGAUGGGUUUGCGAUCUGGUACGCGCGCGAUCGGUUGCAGUCGGGCGCGGUGUUUGGCAGCAAGGACAACUUCAUGGGGCUCGCCAUCAUCCUCGACACGUACAGCAAUCACAAUGGUCCGCACAACCACCAGCAUCCGUACAUCAGCGCCAUGGUGAACAACGGUAGCCUGUCGUACGAUCAUGACCGGGAUGGUACGCACACACAGAUCGCCGGCUGCGAGGCAAAGUUCCGCAACGUGGACUUCGACACGCAGCUCACCAUCCGGUACGAAAACGAUGUCCUGUCCGUGUCGACCGAUUUGGAAAACAAAGGCGCCUGGAAGGAGUGUUUCAGGGUGGAAGGUGUCAAGCUACCGACCGGAUACUAUUUCGGUGCCUCGGCUACGACGGGGGAUCUGUCCGAUAACCAUGAUAUUAUUUCGAUCAAAUUCUACGAACUCGAAGCCCCGUCGCUGCUCGCUGAGGAUCGCCGUCAGAUCGUACCGUCGGCCGCCACAUUCGAGGCACCGCGCGAACACAAGGACGAUCCGAAGCCGGGCAUGUCGAACGUGAAAAUUUUCUUCCUCAUCCUUCUGUCGAUGCUGAUCGUUGUUGUGCUGGUGGUGAUCGGCAUUAUGUUCUACCAGAAGCACAAGGAGAACGCACGAAAACGGUUUUAUUAAAAAAGAUGAAGCCAUCUGGCAAAGCGCCAUUACAUGAGACAUCAUGACAGUAUCGAUGUCCGACACGAAAAGACCAAACGUGAGGGAAAGGAAAGAGGAGAGUGACUGAAUUCUUAGAUGAAACAAAACACGAAUACAUACCAAACAAAAAGAACCAGCAGAAGAAACAAGUAUGUAUCUCAUCCUGGGGAAUAUUCCUCGAUCGAAAUUUGGAUAAUUGUAAAAUAAGGGGGUUGAUUUGGCAUCUGUAAUUUCUUCUUAUAAAACAUCACCAUCAAGUACCGCCGUGGGAAACGCCAUUCUCUGAACUCUAAAGGACGGUAUCCAUUGCCAGGAUUCUAUUUAAGGGUUCCUACCAGAAAUAUAAUCUCCAAUGUUAGGACGCACCACGCGUGGAAGGAUAGCGAAUGAAAAAUCAUUUACCUCCACGGAUUGUGUUUGCCCCUCGUGACUAACGAACGAUUUUUCAUUUCUUGCACUUGCUCGGGUUUAAAGAUGUCUUAGGGGUUGCGUAAUUUUUUGUUUGUUUUGCUGAACUUGGGUGACAAAUGACAUGGAUUUCUUGCAUUAUACGAUUUAAUGUACAUCUGUUAUUUUUGGGUUUAAGCAUAAGAUGGUAAACAAAGCUUAUAGAGAAAUAACAAACUGUAUAGGGAAUUUAUCGAAUACGAUCGAACGAGCGAUGAAUAAAGCGAUAUGACAACAAUGUAAA